AAUCGACCACUAGAACAAAAAUGGGGUUUCUCCAGUGGUGAACGAUGCCCCAAUCCACCGACCCUCGCAAAUUGGCCCACUUCCAAUGACGACGAUCAUGGUCAUUACUGUAUCUAAUCCGUCUCUUCUUUUUUCUUAAUUAAUUUCGUUUAUUUUAAUUGCAUGGCCAAGAUUCUCUCCUCUUGAAUUCAACGCCCAAAAUCGGAGAAAGUUUUGGGGUUUUCUCAGUCACACAUAGUGCGAUCUGAGUCCCAUUGCUGUGGGGCCUUCAAUCCGCCAUUGAUGUUCUUCGUAGCCCUACAAAUCCGCCUAACUAUUUGAUUACGGCUGGAGCAUCCUUCGACGAUUUGUCUGUUUUCAUGUUACUGCCGACUUUGCCUGAGGUGGGCUCACUGGAAAUCUUGGCGUUGAUGGUUCUCCUGAUUUUUGACAAGCCACAUAUUAAACAAUCGCCCGCCUCCCAGAAAUCGACGUUGAAUUCCGUUGCUGCAGCGUUUUAAGCAUUUCAUCAAUCUUCUGUUGAAUUCCGUUGCUAUGCGGACGAGGAGAGGAAAACGCUCCGAGGCUUUUUGGCCUUCCAUUGUGAUGAAGAAAUGGUUGAAUAUCAAGCCCAAGGUGUAUGAUUUUAGUGAGGAUGAAGUUGAUACUGAAACUGAGAGUGAAGAUGAUGUUUGCUCUCUCAAGAACGAAAGAACGCAUAAUCAAGAGGAUCGUGCUAGUAGAGCUCAAAGGAACUUAUCGACGUGUUCAAAUCGAAUUUCAGACAUUCCUAGUAGCAACCAGUUAAGGCACCGACGAGGGAAAUCGGAAACUCUUAGAGUUCAGUACAUAAACACGAAAGAUCUGAGGGUGACGAUAGCUACAUGGAACGUGGCGGGACGAGUUCCAGAUGAAAGCCUUGAGAUAGAUGACUGGCUAUGUACAGAAGACCCAGGAGAUAUCUAUAUUAUAGGUUUCCAAGAAGUAGUCCCUUUGAAUGCUGGGAAUGUCCUGGGAGCAGAAGAUAACAAACCAAUUCCGAAAUGGGAGGCAAUCAUUCGAAGAACGCUGAACAAGUCUUCCGAACCCGAGAACAAACAUAAAAGCUAUAGCGCCCCACCGUCUCCUGUAUUGAGGACUUCGUCGGUAGCUGAUGUACUUGCAGAUGGGGUUAAUGAUGAACAGUUGAAACUGAUCGACGAUGAAUUUUCUGGGAAUGUCGGGUUUGAACUGGAUCAACAUCCGCUCAAGAAAUUAAACCGAGUGAACUCAAAUUUUCAGUUAAGUAGAAUCUAUGGCAUUGACUGUGACCAAAGACUAGACUGGCCUGAACAUUCAUUGGAUGCAACCCCUCAAGUUGUUUCUUCUAAUACGAAGUUGCGUCGAGUAGUUAGCAGUUCUGCUAGAAUUGGCUUCCGUUGCUUGGAGAAUCCUCUAAUAUUCCCUCCUCAGAGCUUUUCGAUAAACGGAAACGGGUUGAAGAGGACAUUCUGUAGUUCUGGGAAUCUGAUCUCGGCCUGGAAAGCGACACAGGAAACUUCCGAAGUCCUGGACAACCUUUCUGAUGUAUCUGACAUUUCUGUUGAAGAAGAAGAUGGUUUCCCAGAAGAACUUAUAGAACAAGAAGUCGACGGGGAUCCAAUGGAGAGCACAAAAUCUUAUCCGAAAUACGUGAGAAUUGUCAGCAAGCAGAUGGUAGGAAUAUAUGUGUCGAUUUGGGUUCGUAAGAGAUUACGGAGACAUGUUAACAAUUUGAAAGUGUCUCCGGUUGGUGUUGGUCUUAUGGGCUACAUGGGAAACAAGGGGUCUGUUUCUGUUAGUAUGACUCUUUAUCAGUCGCGGUUAUGUUUCGUUUGUUCUCAUUUGACCUCGGGUCAGAAGGAUGGAAAAGAACACAAGCGCAAUGCAGACGUGAACGAAAUCAUACGACGAACACGUUUUUCGUCCGUGUUUGAUUCAGGACAGCCACAGACAAUACCUUCGCAUGAUCAAGUAUUCUGGUUUGGCGAUUUGAAUUAUCGUCUGAAUACGUCGGAGUCGGUUGUAAGGAGGCUUGUAGCUCAAAAAAACUGGGAGGAACUCAGCAACUAUGAUCAGCUUACGAGAGAGCUGCACACAGGGCACGUAUUUGAUGGAUGGAGAGAAGGGGUAUUAGACUUCCCACCAACGUAUAAAUACGAAUUCAACUUGGAUAGAUACAUCGGCGAAACCCCGAAAGAAGGAGAGAAGAAAAGGUCUCCAGCAUGGUGUGAUCGGAUAUUAUGGAUGGGAAAAGGGAUAAAGCAGAUGUGUUAUAAGAACGCAGACAUAAGGAUGUCGGAUCAUAGGCCUGUGAGUUCUGUGUUCCAAGUUGAGGUUGAAGUUUUGGACCAUAGGAAACUGCACAGAGCUCUGAAUUACACUAACACUGCUGCAAUUCAUCCUGAGAUUUUUGCUGAUGAACAUGGGGAGUAUGACUUAGACUCCUAGCAGCAGCAACAACAACAACCAAAAUUUCCAACCAAAAUUUCCACUGCUUGGUUUGUUCCCUUCAAAUAAUGUCCUCAUCAAGCUAAUAUAUAGUGUUCAAACUUCAUUGGUGUUGUUUUUCUACAAUUAUUAACAAUUUUGUAACAAAAUUUUACUUACAUAAUAAGAUUCCAACUAUUUUGCC